UUGGAAGGUUGGAGCGGGCUUCGGUAUCUGUGAGUGAGAAGUGGGCUGGUGAGCCGUCAUUUUCAUCCACCGACUGACUCCCUCAAUUUCUCUUAUUCAGUUAACUUGUUGUUAGUCUACCAACGAGUCACUGACUCAGCCCACCCGGCUACUGACUCAGUCUCCGGUAUUCCACGCCAGCCAGCAAUGCAGCGGGAUUCUUCUUCCGAUGAGGAAGACGACCGCCACGCCCUCAUCGAGCAGCAUGACAGGAAGCCCUCACCACCUCCACCUCCUCCCCCCGUCAGCACCGCCUUCCGCAUCGAGGAUUUGAGGUCACGAUUCAACUCUCCGACCGCAUCAAGGAGUCCCAAUUGCAGGCCCUCUACCUCCUCCGCCAGCAGCAAUCAUCCCUCCUCCGCGCUUGGAACUCCUCCUUUCUUUCCAAUUCCUCCUCCUCCGACGAGCUGAAGUCCUUGCUGUUCAAGCAGAUUUCCCUCAACAAACAGAUUCAGGAGGUCAUUUUGGAUCCCCACAGGGUUGGCAACUCCUUCGAAGCCGAAUUUGAUUUUGCGAAUGCUAGCUUGAACGGUGGCAGAUGUCGAACAGUGGAUCAGAGAUUGUCAGAGAGGAAAACCAUUGAGUGGAAGCCUAAAGCUGGAAAAUUCCUUCUUGCUAUUUGCGUGUCGGGUCAGAUGUCAAACCAUCUAAUUUGCUUAGAGAAACAUAUGCUUUUCGCGGCUCUUCUUAAGCGGGUUUUGGUGAUUCCUAGUUCGAAAGUGGAUUACCAGUAUGAUAGAGUUCUGGAUAUUGAUCACAUCAAUAAAUGCUUUGGUAGAAAGGUGGUGAUCUCCUUUGAAGAAUUCUCCAGUGUUAGGAAGAACCACAUGCACAUUGACAAGUUCCUUUGCUAUUUCUCAUUGCCGGAACCCUGUUAUCUCGACGAUGAGCACUUGAAGAAGCUGAGAUCGCUGGGCUUGUCGAUGAGUAAGCCUCAGGCUGUGUGGGAGGAGGAUACCCGCAAGCCCAAGAGGAGGACGGUGGAGGAAGUGGUGUCCAAGUUUGCACACGACGAUGACGUAAUGGCAAUCGGGGAUGUCUUCUAUGCUGACGUGGAGCGGGAGUGGGUGAUGCAGCCGGGUGGUCCACUUGCUCACCACUGCAAGACCCUUAUUGAACCCAGCCGUCUCAUUCUGCUCACUGCUCAGCGUUUCAUCCAAACAUUCCUUGGAAGGAACUUCAUUGCGUUGCAUUUUCGCCGCCACGGCUUCCUCAAGUUCUGCAAUGCCAAAAAGCCAAGCUGCUUUUAUCCCAUUCCUCAAGCCGCGGAUUGCAUUUUGCGCGUGGUUGAAAGGGCCAAUGCACCUGUUAUUUAUCUUUCUACGGACGCAGCAGAAAGUGAAACCACUCUGCUUCAGUCAUUAGUCACGCUUAAUGGAAGGCCAGUUCCUCUUGUUAAACGCCCACCUCGAAAUUCUGCAGAAAAAUGGGAUGCUUUGUUGUACAGGCAUCAUAUUGAAGGAGACUCUCAGGUGGAAGCGAUGUUGGACAAGACAAUAUGUGCGAUGUCAAGCGUGUUCAUCGGAGCCUCCGGUUCAACUUUCACAGAAGACAUCCUUCGGCUAAGAAAGGACUGGGGAUCAGCAUCAUUGUGCGAUGGGUACCUUUGCCAAGGUGAGGAGCCCAGUGUGGUAGCGGAAAUUGAAUGAAUGAAGAUACCCAGUACAGAUUAGAUUGGGAUACAAGCCACAGUUCAUGAGAGAUGAGAGGGCUCCACUUUGCCCCCUUUAUGGUUGGGGAUUUGUUAAUGUGUAACUGUCAUGUACGAUAAUACAAGUAGCGUUUUUGCUUUGGUUCAUUAUUCAUUAGCCUUUGCUUGUAACACAUUCAUAUUCUAAAUUCUAAUCAUCACAAUGAGAGUAUAGUUUGUACGAUCUA